AUGCGAACAGAUUAUGCUUCACGUUCUCUAAUUUCCCGCGAAAAUUAUUUUCCUGGCGGCGGCGGUGGUGGUGGUGGUGGUGGUGGUGGAGCGGGGGUGCGAUGGUCUCACGAAUGCAAUCAGUUAGAUGCGGAUCAGAUCACACUGCACUCCACCAUGCCCUCGUAUGAAAAAGAAAAAAACCGUUGUCUAACUUUGGCUUUGCUCGGGAUCGCUGUGAAUGUGCUCACCCUGGUUGUGCUAAGACGAACCUCGACACGCGGGGCCACAAACUUGCUCCUGGUCGCCUUGGCCACGGAGGAUAUAUUCAUCAUCAUUUUCUAUGGACUAUUCUAUGUGACCAAUCAUUACUACGAGAACUAUCGGAUUGCAUUCCUCGGAUUUGUGCGGCAUAUUGACAGUCCGUUUUUGCAACGUUAUUUGGCCAUUCGUUGGCCUUUGCACGCGGCCAGUUUGUGCUCGGUCGGAAGGACUAAACGUAUUCUGGUCGGAGUGAUUGUGUCUGCGGCGCUACUCAAACUGCCCAACUUGAUUUUGGGUUAUAAGAUCCUGGUUCCGAGAAAGAACUGUGAAGGAUUUGAACUGAAGGAUGUGUUCGGCGAGGAACCGUGGUACGGGACAUUUCAACUGAUCCAGGUACAUGCGUUGGAUCAGCUAAGCGGUUUCAUCAUCCCCCUCAGCAUUCUGAUCGUGCUGAAUAUCGGGCUCAUUAUUCGAGUACGCAAAGCCACACGCAAACGGAUCCGAGACGAUCAGCUUGGUGUCCGGGCGGUCCAAAACCGUGGUACCGCUAAAUCAUCCUCAGCAUGGCGUUCGUCCAAACAUUCUUAUUCCAAAGAAGGGCUGACGGUUACACAGGAGGAUGACCCUCACAAAGAAGUAAAUAGCACAAGUGGGACAAAACUAUGCGAUUCGCAAUCCAAUUGGUCGGAGGAUCAUAACAGCACAAUUCGAUGCGCAUCCCAACCAAGCGGAGUUGGUGGCGGUGGCGGUGGUGGGAGUGGUGAUGGAAGUCGUGGCGGUUACAUCGUGCCCAUGACCGCUGUAAAUGCAGCUAACCUACAAAGUCGUAGUGUUACUCUGACCUUGAUCGGGGUCGUUUCCACGUUUAUUGUAUUCGAGACCCCGACAACGGUGUGCAUUUGCUACGAGAUUUGGCAAUCGAUCGCCCGACAGAAUGAAAACAAUGCAAAUGCGCACGACUCAACAGAUGCGACAGAAUCCGAUUUCUACCGGUACGCUUAUCCCAUCGCGCUGGUUUCAGUGAUGAUUGGUUGUGCAAGCAAUUUCUUUGUGUACAUGCUAGUCGGUCGAAAGUUUCGUCGUUUGUGCUUCCGUGUGCUUCGGGAAUGUGUGUUUAUGUGCGCGUGGCAUCGACGAAAAACGCGAUGGGACAGCAAGCGUCCGAUUAGACGAAAACAUCUCACCCGAUCACAAGCUCAUUAUUCAAUGACCACAAUUGAAAAAUUGCCAAGUACAACACUGCCCCCGGAGAGAUGA